UUCAGACUCUGCUUCCUCAACAGUGAUCGCAAGAGAUAGAGCAUCGUUCUUGAACAGAAGUGUUUCAUUCUAAAACGACCAUCAACCUUCCAUAGGCUUCGUGCAAGCUCAGCCUAUCAAAUCUCUGCAGCGCGGCAGGAGCAUUUGGCAGGGCCAAUAGAACAUAGUUUAGCCGGGUGAAACAAGAAACUGCAUUAGCAACAAAAAUGUGUUUCUACAACCAGAAGAGAUUUUCAUGCGGAGACUGGAGCUGGACAAGUUUUGCUCACCGCUGCAAUUAUGAAUACCGCACUGGAGAGACCUGCGGUAUGCGACUCGUCAACGUGACCGAGUUUGAAACGACACAAUGCCGCCUCUGCGAAAAGAUCGAUACCAAGUUGCGGCGGCGAAGCGCCGAGACGGAACGUUUGAGCCGAUGGAGACGGGAGGGAGGCACUCUCGUAGCAUCCAUGGAGCGGUCCCACAAACUCAUCACGGAACUCGACAAGGAAAUCCGCCAACUGCAAUGGGAGCGUGAAGAGAGAAGGAACGCGCUGAAUUCAAGGUAGCACCGAGGACUUUGAGGGCCAUGCGUUGGGCCACUUGCUAUUGUUUUCUCUGUGUUUAGGAUUCCCUCUCUGUUUCUGUCUUUCGGUUUCCAAUCGUGUUCCGGGCUGUAAAUUCUAUGUCUCACAACGAGUGUGUCACUCUGCUCCUUUGAUUUCUGUGAAAUUUCUUGUUUUAUGUGGUCGUCGAAUCGGACAUGUUUCUUCAGGCUGGACCCGCGCAAUGGUUGGAGGAAAAGCCUGGAUCCAAAAUCUGCUGUGAGAAUUUAUGAGAUCCAAUGAAAUGGUUUCAUUC